AUGGUGCAGAAGGACCUUCGUUGCUACAAUUGUGGCGAGACAGGACACUUGAAGAUGGAUUGCAAGAAACCAAUUCGUCAAUGGGGUUCAUGCUACACGUGUGGUGAUACUACGCAUCGAGCACGGAACUGUCCACAGAACGUUUUGAUAAGGAAGCCUACACAGUCGUCUACUCAUCUGCUGCAGCCCAAUUCUCCAGAUAAUCCAUUCAUGGUACCCGUCGAAUUUAGUACGACGGACAUACACGCAGCAAAACCUUUAUACGACAUGUUAAAGAAGAAUGUUAAAUUCCGUUUUGGUCCUCAAGAAAACAAUGCUUUUGAAUCUUUGAAGAAAUUACUGGCUAGUCAACCAGUACUUGCCAUAUAUUCACCACACUUACCGACAGAAUUACAUUGUGAUGCCAGUACUACGGGUUUUGGUGCAGUUUUGAUGCAGAAACAAUCGGACGGAAAACUUAAACCGGUGUUUUACUUUAGAUACGUUUUAGAUGUAAUUGUUUACACCGGCUCAACAUCCGAGAUGCAAGCAUUUUCUGCAAAAUUGAGUAAAGCUGGCAAUAUUGUUGCAACAUUGAUGCAACCUUAUUUAGAAAAAGGCCAUCAAUUAUUCGUAGAUAACUGGUAUUCGAGUCCUGCGCUCGACGCAAUCAUUAGUACGAUUUCAUGCACAAGAAAAACGCUGAAAUGGUACAAGAAAUUCUUUUUUCAUUUACUAGAUAUUUCAAUAUGGAAUGCGUAUUGUUUAUAUAAAUUUAAUACGAAAAAGAAUAUAUCAAUGUCUAAUUAUCAUUUAGCGUUAAUAACAGAACUUUUAAAGAAAUAUUCGGAAUCGCGGGAAUACAACUCUGGUAAUCCGUCAGCAUAUCUUAUGCGUUUCAAGGAAAGACAUUUUCCAGCGCUUUACAGUAGUGAUAAAACAAAAAGGCAAAAUCCAAUGAGAAGAUGUAUUGUGUGUUCAAUGGAUAACAAAAGGCGUAGUACUAGAUAUUAUUGUAAAAAAUGCAAUGUUGGCUUAUGUGUAGUCCCAUGUUUCGAAAUGUAUUACACCGAACAAUAA